AUGAUGACCUGUCUUCUCAUUCUAUCAACAUUCGGCGCUCUGUCAACUGCUGCAUCCGUCGCUAGCCGCGACUCUGGUAUAUCUAAGAAGUAUGUCGCGCCUCGUGCGUCGACUUCCAAUGUUCCAGGCGUUUAUUUCGACCGGUUCUACCAGAUCUGGUUGGAAAACAUAGACUAUACCGAUGGUGCCAACAACUCUGAUUUGAAGUGGUUGGCUACCAUGGGGAUCACUUUGACCAACUAUUUUGCGACCGGCCACACCAGUGAGCCUAACUAUUGUGCAGCUGCUUCGGGCGAUAGUUACGGAAUGGAUAAUGACAACUUUCACCAAAUACCUAGCAAUGUGUCAACAGUGGUUGAUCUUCUGAACACGAAAGGUAUCUCCUGGGCCGAAUACCAGGAAGACAUUCCAGCCACUGGCUUCCAGGGCGAGAGCUUCUCAAACCAGCAAAAGGAGCUGGCCUACGUUCGAAAGCACAACCCACUGGUUCUAUUUGAUAAAAUCACGAACAAUGCCACUGCGCUGGAAUUGAUCAAGGGCUUCUCAAGCUUUGAAGAUGACUUAAAGGCUCGAACCUUACCCCAGUGGGCUUUCUUCACACCGAACAUGACCAACGAUGGCCAUGACACGAGCCUUGCUUAUGGUGCAAAAUGGGCACGCGGGUUUAUAUCUGGACUGAUGGACAACGAGUACUUUUGGAACAACACCUUGAUGCUGCUCACAUUCGACGAGACCGAGACAUAUACCGUGCCCAACCGUGUAUUCUCGAUCCUCAUUGGAGGCGCAAUUCCAAAGGACCUUGUUGGCACCAGCGACCACACUAUGUACACCCAUUACUCUACUAUAUCUACUGUCUCAGCAAACUGGGGGCUUCCCUCGCUCGGUCGUUGGGACUGCGGCGCAAACAUAUUCGGCCCUGUGGCUGACAAAGUCAACUACACUAACUGGAAGGUGGAUACAACUAAUUUAUAUCUCAACGAGUCUCUCCCUGGCCCACUGGAGGCAUUGGGCUACUCGAAAUUUCGGUCAACUUGGCCGGUGCCAUCCACAAACGAAUCUUGUUCCGCCAACAACGGCAUUUUGCAGUCUGUGAUUGACACUUAUAAAGGCCGUGAGCCAACCUAUAACUACACCGCACCCUUUGCAUAUGAUACCUCAGCAAACCUCAACCUCGGUGUUACCUAUUCUCGCAGUGGCACGACCUACAUGUCUGGUGUCAAUACUACUGGUGCUAUUGCACAAGGUUCGAGCACCGUAAGCUCCAAGUCAACUAAUGCCGCUGUCAAAACUUUGGGGCUUGGGAGCAGUCUGGCAGGCACUGGUUCUUGCUUUUCUCUAGCCGUUGCGUUAUCUGCUUUCAUUUUCUGCACGUAA